UAGUCCACAGGCGAGCAUGGAUUAUUAGUUAGCGCAUGAUUAAACAAUCUCUGUGGGCGAGACGGGCAUCAGGGGGCAGGGCGGGCUCCCUGUCGCUACGCUUGGCCUCUAUCCGCAACGCAUCUUCUUCUUCCUCCUCUUCUUCCAUGUCCUCUUCCUCUUUAUUAUGCAAGAAUAAACGGAGGGAGACGGAGGAGAGGUAGAUGAUACUAGGGUUCUUGCAAAAUUCCUUUUUCAGAGAUUAAUUCCCUGUAGCGCGCGCGCGCGAAGGUGGAUUGCCCCUGUGCCUGGAAGACGUGUGGAAGAAACGGAGCCGAAUCAGCGUACAGGAGCAGAGGGGGAGGAAUGACCUCACCGGCGGGGCCGAGCAGCAUGGGCAUGAACACGGUGACCACGGUGAUGGCCUUCUCGGUCAGCGCCUUCUUCGUGCUCUUCGUCUUCACCAGGCUCUUCUGCGCGCGCAUCCACCUCAGGGCCGCCGCGGCGGAGCACGCCGCUGCCGCCCAGGCCAGCGACGCCGUGUCCUUCCCGGCCAUUCACGUUAGGCAUCCUUCCUCCUCGUACGUGCCGCAAGCACACUACCGUUCUAUUGCGAAUUUACAACUUGUAUUUGUUGGGCAGGUGGAGCGCGGCAUCCGUGGGAUGGAGCCGUCCAUGGUGACCACCUUCCCGACGGCCAAGUUCGGGACCGGCGACGACUCGCAGCGGCCGCCCGCUCAGGAGGAGUCACAGUGCACGGUGUGCCUGGAGGAGUACGAGGCCAAGGACGUGGUGCGCGUGCUGCCCUACUGCGGCCACGCCUUCCACGCCGCCUGCAUCGACACCUGGCUCCGGCAGCACCCCACCUGCCCCAUAUGCCGCUCCACCACCAAGCACCGCGCCGCCGCCGGGACAAUGCCGCCCGUGUACUACGCCGUCGCCAUGGCGCCGCCGCCGUUCCAGGCGCCGACAUCUUCGUCAGAUCAGGGCGCACUGCAGCAAGCAGACGCAGCCACGGCGGCGGUGGGCGCGGAGCACAUGGACGUAACGUCCAGCCGUCUGGAGCUGGAGAUCGUUAUUUCCGACGAGUCGGCCUCCUCCGGCGCCACCUGUCCGAUCGCGACCCUUGCUCCGCCAUUCCAGGUCCCGACGUCUUCGUCGGACCACGACGCGCUGCGCGAAGCAAACCCAGCCACGGCGUCGGUGACUGCGGCGGUGGGCACAGACCGUAUGGACGUGUUGUCCACCCGUUUGGAGAUCGUUAUUUCCGACGAGCCGGCCUCCUCCGACGCUCCCUGUCAGAGCACGGCCAGUGAGGAGCAUCCUUGUGCCGAGACGAGGAGGCAGAGCUCGCAGGGCAAUGCGUGGGAGCAUCGCCAGUGCUGACGCGUUACCUACACACGAGUAGUUCAGUGAGAUUUCCCUCAAAAAACGAAAAAGUUCAGUGAGAUUAGAUUGUGUUCAGGCUGUUGUACGGGAUUGCGCGAUAAAAAUAAUCUUGGGAAUUAAGAUGUCGCGAAAAAAAGAAGUUCGCCGUAUAUUUGCAUGUAAUUUUUCUUUUACAACAACCCACUUUCAUUUCAUGUAUGGGCUAUCCAUUUGACAGUC